AUGCUUACCUACGCUGUGCUCUCGUCCCUCUUUAUGGGCUUAGCCUCGGCCCAAACAGCGGCCAAGACCUUCACUUCGUGGGACUGCUGCAAGCCCGUCUGCGCGAACACUGUCAAUUUCCGACCCGACAUUCUCACGAACCGAGGUGUCGCGAGCGUAUGCAACGCACAGAACCAAUUCCUCCCUCUGCAGCAGGGUAUCCUCGCGCAGUCGAGUUGCGCUGGUGGUGCAGGCUUCCUCUGCGAUUCUUACCAGCCCAUUCCCAUUUCCGAGGACCAGUCUAUCGGUUUCGCGCUGCAGGUCGGGGUGGCGAAGUGGGGCGGCGGCGGGAAAGAAGAUGACGGUGCAAAUCAUCAACAUCGCCGACACUCCCACGGGGAGUCGGAUGUCAAGCUGAACGACCUGAUUAUCCUUACCCCCGGUGGCGGUGUGGGACCGUAUAACACUGGAUGCCAGCUGCAGUAUGGCGCCCAGUAUGCCAACGCUUGGGGCGCUGAUUACGGCGGUGUUACGUCUCGCGAGAAUUGUGCGAAUCUCCCAGACAACCUGCAAGCAGGCUGCUACUGGCGAUAUAACUGGGCUAGGGGUGAACUCAAUGGCUGGGACAUUGUCUACAACCCCGUAACCUGCCCGGAUCGCCUUGUCGAAGUGUCGGGUUGCGCUGCGUAG